CAGGCGGAGGCUCACAGCGCGGCGCCGGGGCCGGGGCCAGCACCGGGAUGGCAGCUCAGCGGCUGGGCAAGCGGGUGCUGAGCAAGCUGCAGUCUCCGUCGCGGGCUCGCGGGCCGGGGGGCAGCUCCGGGGGGUUGCAGAAACGGCACGCGCGUGUCACCGUCAAGUACGACCGGCGGGAGCUGCAGCGGCGGCUGGACGUGGAGAAGUGGAUCGACGGGCGCUUGGAGGAGCUGUACCGCGGCAGGGAGGCAGACAUGCCCGACGAGGUCAACAUUGAUGAAUUGUUAGAAUUAGAGAGUGAAGACGAGAGAAGCCAGAAAAUCCAGGGACUGCUGAAGUCGUGCAGGAACCCCACAGAGGACUUCAUCCAGGAGCUGCUGGCGAAGCUGCGGGGCCUCCACAAGCAGCCGGGCCUCCGCCAGUCCAGCCCCUCCCAGGACGGCAGCCUGAGCCCCCUCCAGGACCGGGCCCGGACUGCGCGCCCCUGACCCUCACCUACCGCCGUGGCCCCUCCACUGUACCCAGCGCCGCCCCAGCUUGUUUAUAAGUUGUAUUUAAUGUAACAAUAACAUCGCCAGGCUGUUUUUCCU